GGCAUGGCCGUGUGGACGCGCGCCGCCAAGGCGGGGCUGCUGGAGCUGCUGCUGCGGGAGCGCUGGGUGCGGGUGGCGGCCGAGCUGAGCGGCGAGGCGCUGAGCCUCACGGCCGAGCCCGGCGAGCCGGCGGCCGAGCAGCUCAACGGCGUGCCCAACGGCGGCGGAGCGGCGGAACCGGCCGGGAGCGGCGCAACCGGCGGCGGCGGCGUGCGGCGGGUGCGGGUGGUGAAGGCGGAGGCGGGCGGGCUCGGCAUCAGCAUCAAGGGCGGCCGCGAGAACCGCAUGCCCGUGCUCAUCUCCCGCAUCUUCCCGGGGCUGGCGGCGGAGCGCAGCGGGGAGCUGCGCCUGGGCGACGCCAUCCUCGCCGUUAACGGCGUCGACCUCCGCGACGCCACCCACGACCAGGCCGUGCAGGCGCUGAAGCGAGCCGGGAGGGAAGUCGUCCUGGAAGUGAAGUUCAUGCGGGAGGUGACGCCCUACAUUAAGAAGCCGUCGCUGGUGUCGGACCUGCCCUGGGAGGGGGCCGCCCCGCAGUCGCCCAGCCUGAGCGGCAGCGAGGACUCGGGCUCGCCCAAGCACCACGGCGCCCGGGACCGCAAGGUCAUCCCGCUCAAGAUGUGCUUCGCCGCCAGGAACCUCAGCAUGCCCGACCUGGAGAACCGGCUGAUCGAGCUGCACUCGCCGGACAGCAGGAACACGCUGAUCCUGCGCUGCAAGGACACGGCCACGGCGCACUCCUGGUUCACGGCGCUGCACGCCAACAUCACCGCCCUGCUGCCGCAGGUGCUGGCCGAGCUCAACGCCACGCUGGGCGGCGGCGCGGGUGGCCGCGAGGUGAAGCACAUCGCCUGGCUGGCCGAGCAGGCGCGCCUGGACGGCGGGCGGCAGCAGUGGCGGCCGGUCCUGAUGGCGGUGACAGAGAAGGACCUGCUGCUCUACGACGCCAUGCCCUGGACGCGCGACGCCUGGGCCUCGCCGUGCCACAGCUACCCGCUGGUGGCCACCAGGCUGGUGCACUCGGGCUCGGGCCGCCGCUCGCCCUCGCUGGGCUCCGACCUCACCUUCGCCACCCGGACGGGCUCGCGGCAGGGCAUCGAGAUGCACGUCUUCCGCGUGGAGACGCACCGGGACCUCUCCUGCUGGACGCGGGUGCUGGUGCAGGGCUGCCACGCCGCGGCCGAGCUCAUCAAGGAGGUGUCCGUGGGCUGCACGCUGGGCGGGCAGGAGGUGAAGCUCUGCAUCCACUACGAGGGCGGCUUCACCGUCUGCCGCGAGGAGGGGGGCGGCAGCGUCCUCUUCCGCUACCCCUACGAGAAGCUGAAGAUGUCGGCGGACGACGGCAUCAGGACCCUCUACCUGGACUUCGGGGGCCCCGAGGGGGAGCUGGCGCUGGACCUGCACUCCUGCCCCAAGCCCAUCGUCUUCAUCUUGCACACCUUCCUCUCGGCCAAAGUCACCCGCAUGGGGCUGCUGGUGUAGGCGACGGCCCCGGAGCCCCCGACCCCAACCCCGCAGCACGAAGCAGCCGGAGGAAGCACAGAGCCCCCGCCUCCCCUCCCGCCGCACCAGUGCCUUGGGGCCGGGACUGCCCCCUGCCGCGGCAUGGGGGGGCUCCAGCAGCACCCCCCGGUCCCGAAGCCAUCUCCCAUCUCACCGCCUGUGCCUUGGAGCGGGGCCGCUGCUCCCCGCGCCCCACGGGACUGGGCUGGGCGCUGCGUGCGGCUGCUCGCCCCCCUCAGGGGUCUUGUCUUAAAAAUUUGGGCACUCAGGGGAACACCGGGACCCAGUCCCACGGUGCUGGUGCGGGCGGGGGGCUCGGGCCCCCUCCGUGCUGCUCCCAAACUCUAAGAGCCAGAAACAAACGCCGUCUCCUUCCUGGGGACGGGGUCGCCCCGGGCUGGGGGCUGCGGGGCCCCUGGGGAGGGGGGGGGGGGGCGCAGAUUUAUGCACUUUUGCUUUUUGUACUUUACCUCUGACCCUCGCGUGGGGACAGGCGCUGGGGGCUGGGGGUGUCCCCGUCACGCCCCCGGCCAACCUCCUCCGCAACCGUUUCUGCUUCCCGCGGGGCUCCGCAGGCCCUGGGGUGCGCCGCAGGCAGAGCCCCCUCCCCACGGCCCCGGGCCGCGCAGCCCCUUCUAUUUUUGUACUCUUUGUAAAUCG